GAGUUCAAGAAUGUGGACGGCGAGGAGUACCAGGCGGACAUGCCCAUGUCCCCGGGUUUCCGUGGCGACUCGGAGGUCUACUUCCUGCCCCUCACCGAGGUCCCGCUGCCCCUGUCCAAGCAGCCGCAGUCCAGCCGCUCCGUUCAUCUGCAGAAGUCGACAGACUUCGGCCGUCACAGCCUUCUGUACCUGAAGGAGAUAGGCCAUGGCUGGUUCGGAAAGGUGUUCCUGGGGGAGGUGAGCGUGGGCCUGGACACCAACCAGGUGGUGGUGAAGGAGCUCAAGGCCAGCGCCAGCGUCCAGGAGCAGAUGCACUUCCUGGAGGAAGCCCAGCCGUACAGGGCCCUGCAGCACCCCGGCCUGCUGCAGUGUCUGGCCCAGCGCACCGAGGUCACUCCCUACCUGUUGGUGAUGGAGUUCUGUCCGCUGGGGGAUGUGAAGGGGUACCUGCGGAGCUGCCGGGCCACUGAAUCCAUCAUCCCUGAGCCUCUGAUCCUGCAGAGGAUGGCCUGCAACAUCGCCUCGGGCCUGCUGCACAUGCACAAGCACAACUUCACUCACAGUGACCUGGCUCUUAGGAACUGCCUGCUGACCGCUGAUGUCUCAGUGAAAAUAGGAGAUUACGGCCUCGCACACACCAAAUACAGAGAUGACUACCACGUGACGUCCGACCAGGUGCAUGUUCCGCUGCGAUGGAUCGCCCCCGAGCUGGUGGACGAGGUCCAGGGAGACCUGCAGAUGGCCAAUCAGACCCCGCCCAGCAACAUCUGGUCUCUGGGGGUGACCAUCUGGGAGCUGUUUGAGCUGGCGAACCAGCCCUACCGACACUACUCGGACCGACAGGUGCUCAGCUACACUAUCAAGGAGCAGCAGCUGAAGCUGGCCAAGCCCCUGCUCAAGGUGCCACUGGCCGAGCGCUGGUAUGAAGUCAUGCAGUUCUGCUGGCUCCAGCCCGAACAGAGACCCACGGCGGAGGAGGUCCACCUCCUGCUCAGCUACCUCUGCGCCAAAGGAGCCAGCGAGGUGGAGGAGGACUUUGAGCGGCGCUGGAACUCCCUACGUCCCACCACCGGAGGACACCACGGCCACAACCACGGCUCCUCCCUCCCGUCCGACCGUCGCCCUCCGUCCUCCCCCUCAGCCUCGUCGUUCCCCCUGCUGGAGCAGUUCUCGGGGAUGGGCGAGGGCUACCAGUCGGAGAGCGGCGACGACAUACUGACGGUGACGGAGACGAGCCACGGCCUCAACUUUGAGUACAAGUGGGAGCAGGCGAGGGCGGAGCAGCACUACCAACCCGCCGCCCAUUCCGACGGCCUGGGUCACCACCGCUGCCACGACGAGUUCUACCCGCCGGGGGGCAUAGUGGGCGGGUGUCCCAUGGAGGGGAUAGGGGCCUCGCCUUCUUACUACCAAACCAAGCACCUCCCUGUCCCAGGGGUGGUGCCUGUCCUCAGUGCCCACAGCCCCUCCUUAGGCAACGAGUACUACAUCCGCAUCGAAGAGCCGGGGGAGUGUAACAUCCAGCUGGACUACGACGUGUGCUCCUACAGCCCCGACUACCAAGGCAGCAGCGGAAGCUUCCUCACCGGAAGCGCUGAAUCCGGGGAAUGCAUGUCCUGUCCCUCGCAGGCAAACAACAUGGGCUCCUAUUGGUCAGCGGACAUCCACAAGGCCGACCUGUACGACUCGCAGGACUCGAGCCCGGCCAUCUCGCUCACCAUGGAGCCCUUACUGGGCCAAGUGUCGGACAGCAGCCCGCUGACGCCGUGGGUCUCCGGCCACUACGUCUCGUACAAGGAACAAGACGGAGGUUACUACUACGAACCGUCACCCCCUCUGGGCAUGGAUCACCGUUAUCUUAUCGGGGACGAUGACCUCCCGGUGGAACCCCUGCAGGAGAGCUGGGGCUCCAGGAGUCUCCGGCAGGCCCUGGGGGAACUGGAGCACCCCCUUAGAGUACCCCCCGUUUUCAACACCUCACCCCAGCAGGUCUACGGAGAGCCCUACCUGGACUCCAGCCAGAGCUCCGUCAUCGGCAGGAACGUCACAGGGGGAUACUACGACAUGAUGGGCUCCUUGCGGAAGACCAUGCCAAGCCACACCAACCACACGAGACACGGCACCCACUCCCUCAGCAUCGACAUGGAGAUGGGCGGGGCGCUGUUCAUCGGACACAGGGACAGCGACACAGAGGACGAGGUGGACGAGGAGGACGUGUUCCUGGAGAGGCACAGCUGUAACACCUGGCCCGCAAAACACGGCCACGGUGUCCCGAGCAGACACAGGCGGGCUAACGGCUGCAGGCAGGACUCUUACGUGGACUUCCACUACACAAUGCCCAGCACAGACAUCGAAGACUCCUGGCCAGAGGAAAAUAGUCUGGCCUUCCAUUCGCUGCCCAAACCCAUUGAGUACCUGGAGCCCAAAGACAACAGUGCCUGCCUCGGUCUGAGCGCGCUCCAAACGUUAGCACCCUCCGACGAUGCCUACAUCUACAUGUGCAAAGAAGGGGAGACCCAGUUGCCUAUGCCUGGCGAGUGUUGUCACUCCCACUUCAUUGACCCACUUACCGGCUUGCUGGUAAGAAACUAUGACCCUGAUGAUUAUGUCACAGACAAGGUCAUCGAGACUCCUAACAGUGACGAGCUGGUCAAUCUAUCGCCUGCUCCCGGGGGACCUGUGGUCAUCAAGAACGCCCCCCUAAACUCUGACAAAAUCACGCAGACAAUGAGCAUCCAAGAGCCAUACAUUGACCUCUCUGCAAGCGACACCACAGAAAAGACGGACAUCUCGGCAAACCACAUUGAGUACGUAGCAGAGGUUUGCAUACCGCUAACGGCUCACGCCGGCUUAGAAAAGCCAGAGACGGAAUCAGAGCUCAGUCUGACGGCGGACAGCGGGGUGGACCGAUGCGGCUCCAGCGUCAGCCUCAUCGACAUCCUGGACUGCAGUGACGACGACGACGGCAACGACACCACGGACGACACCACGGACGUCACCUCCGGCAUCUUUGCGGACGAAUCGAGCGAGCUUACGGCAUCGCCUGUCAUCAAGUCCCUGCAGAAGCCGAGUGGAACCCCCGAUUCCAUGGAUUCCAUGGAGCUCCUGUCUGUGGGCGGGUGCUUUGAGGGCUUUGCCCUUCCGCCUGCCAAACCCGCCAACUCCCCCCGGGCUAUGGACAGCGGCUACGACACGGAGAACAACGAGAGUCCAGAGUUUGUCCCCAAAGAGCCCCAUGAGCCCCGUGAACCGUCUGAGGGGAAGAAGACCACCCUCUACCCCAGUCUCGACGAGGAGGAGGAAAUGGAGGAAGAGGGGCUCAGAGCUGAUGCGGUUCCGGUAGAAACAAGCGAACAGUCGGUCUCUGAAGAUGCAUGUGUAGAAUCCUCAACGACUGGGGAUAACACACUCAUUCCACUGAGUAAAAAGAUUCCUUACAGAGACUCUGCCUACUUCUCAGACUAUGAGAGCGAGAGACAGUCCAGGGAUGAAGGGGAUGAAGCUGUUGAGAUAGGAAGAGAGGGGGAAACGAUUACAGACACUGAGUGCAUGGUAGAGAGAAAUCUCGAUAACACGAGGGAGGAGGAAUUAGAGGACCGCGAUGCCCUUGAGAUGAACAUAGAAUCCAACAGAGCAACCAGUCUCUUGUGCAUCGUGGAGGAUGAGCAUAUGGAGGGAUCUUUUCAGUCCUCUGAGUCAGAGUUGGCCGAAUUGGAAGAGUGGCCAUCCCAGGACGAGAACUCCUCCCUGGGGGACUGGGCGGCAGAAGUGGUGGGAGCCAUGGAGGAAGCUCUUGGCGCUCUCGGUGAGGAGAGGAUCAGGGCAGAGCAGGAGAAAGAAUUGAGCAGCAGAGACUUCCUUCAAGAUUCAGAGGAGGCGGAAGAGGCUGAGCAGACACAGAGCGAACUCGCCGGAGGAUUGAGUGAAAACUCCUCCACCUUAGCCAAAGACAAGAUGGUGGCAUUGGAGUACGGUACCCCCCGCCGGUUCUCCUCUUCCUCCCCCCCGCCUCCCUCUAGUCCCCUCCCUUCGCUGCCCCCGUCUCCGGGCCGGGCUACCCCCGGCGACGCAGAGGAUGCUGACAAGGAGGACGCCGACUCUGACGACAGCGAGGAGUCGGACGAGGAGCUGCGCUCGUACAGCAUGCAGGAGCAGAGCGGCGGCGAGGAGAGCGAGGACGAGUGCUACCCCGUGCCCGUCGUCGUGAGCGACACCAGCGACGCCCACAACCUGAGAAGCCUCCUCAAGGUUCCCAGCGUUACCACCCCGGACGGCAUGGACGACGCUCUGGAGAACAAGAAGAAAGUGGUGUCCUUCUUUGAUGAUGUCACCGUCUAUCUGUUUGAUCAGGAGAGUCCCACCAAGGAGUUGGUUGAGCAUGGCUUUCUCUCAGGAGAGGACGGUCGAGGUACACCGAUGAGACCCCAGGAGAAGGUGCAGGCCCCGUCAGACGACUCCUCAGACGGGAACGUCUCGGAAGAGAGUGCCGGCUACGAGUGGGAGGACGACUUCUCCCUGCUGCCUCUGCCCACAUCCAAGAUGGUGUCCGACUCCCCUCCCCCGCCACGCUCCACCCCCCUGCCACCGGGGCCCCAGCCCGCCGCCAAGUUCUCCCGCUUCACCGUCUCGCCGUCUAGUGUUUCCCGCUUCUCAAUCACGCAUGUGUCAAACUCGGACGUGGACUCGGCGUGAGUCAAUACGUUCUCCCGCAGGAAGUACGGCAGAGCUGGCGACCAAACAUCGCUUGUAGGUCACUUUGGAGGAGGGCGUCGAAGCACUCAACGGAUGGAUGUGGAACGUGCAGGGGAAGAACCGACAGCAGCCCGGUGGAGACCAGACCAGUGGGCCUACUGGGAGGUCUUCUUCUGGCCUGGGUUUUACCCUCAGAGACAGAACCUCCUCUCCUUCAUAGACACGCUCCUCCCGACCGGGAUACGGAGUCAAGAUCAUCCUUUUUAAAUUAUUUAAAAGAGGGUAUGGUAAUAUGUAUGUGGUUUCCAAAAAAUAGAUUUAAAAAUAAAAAAAUACAUAAAUUAUAAAUAUAUAAAUAUAUGUAUGUGUGUAAAGAAGAAUCAAUUAUUGGGCUGGGGAUGCAGCACAAUUCUGUUUAUUUUUGGAAGAUAAAGGCAUAAUGGAAGGAGAGGUCUUUGAAAGCCAUUGCGUGUGUUGUUUAGUUUUAAUUGCCAACAGUUAGUAUUAUUAUUAUUAUGAAUGUGUGGAGCCAGCCGGGGAUUUCAGGUAAGGCGAGUUAUACUCCAAAUACCAAGACAAACAUUGACUGGGAUUUUCUACGAUCACUGAUCAGCUCCGGAAGAGGACUGUUGGACCAUCUGAGGACGUCUUUUGUUUUUGUGAGAACCUUUCUGUUAUCUUGUCAACGUGGAUAUUUCCUGAAAAUCCUUGAGGUAUCAGAAGUAAUACAACGUGUGUACUUGGGGGAAAUUUCAGGAAACAGGAAUCAAAAUGGACGCCCAAGUGUUUUACAAGCAAAGUCCAAACUUCUAGGAAAGGUAUACAGGGGUACAGCAUGACUGUAUUAAAAACACAAAUAAAAAAAUAGCUCAUCCUGCUUGGACGAUGGAUGUUUUAAUCUAAGUUUCUUUUAUUAUAAAAGUAAUAUCAGGACCUGAUACUGUAGCCUACUGUUUAAAUGUGUCUCCAAUGCUUACCACAUGAUGGAGAUGAAGAGUUGUCAGUCUCUCUCUCUCUUUGUCUCUGUCUUUGUCUCUGUCUCUGUCUCUGUCUCUGUCUCUGUCUCUCUCUCUCUCUCUCUCUCUCUCUCUCUCUCUCUCUCUCUCUCUCUCUCUCUCUCUCUCUCUCUCUCUCUCUCUCUCUCACACACACAUACAAACACACUCUGUACUAUGAACUAUGGAGCAGUAAAGAGACUUGCGUCUUAUAAGGGAUUUGAAAUGCCUCUCUAGUUCAUCGCUUCAGUUUCCAACAAUGUCCCGUAUCCAAACCCUGUUGUCAAUCAGGGGUCAUGAUGACGUACUCAUUAUCUCGUAAUCGACGGGUCACCUGGCAACAUGGGGUUUUCCUGGGAGCAACCAUCCAUUUGAAUACGUGUGUCCUGUGCGAUAAACAAUACGUUUGAUGGCAAUGUUUGAUUACGUCAACAAAAUAAGUCAGGAAGCGGCACUAAGCUUUGAGUGUCUAGACCACCUCACCGCAUCAUUUGUUAGGAUCUGUUUUGGCCUGGCCUCUCCUCACCACUAUGACCUGCUGUAUAUAAGCUACACUGACCUCCUCUCAGACCUUUUGUAUUAACAAGCCGAGAGUACAGUUGAAACUUUUCUUUUCUUUUCUCGCUCCAUAAUAUCUCUGUCUCGUACUUUAAAAAGCAUAAGUGCUUUCAUCAUACAAAAGUGAUUACAGGAGGACAGCAAGCAAACAGAAAGCACCUUUUAAUAGAGCAUUGAUUCACAGAAUAUCAUUGACUGGGCUUUGUUUGACAAGUCUGUUUCUUUGUCGAUAUUGAACGGUAAAAACCCAGACAGCCCUGGGUGUUCUCGUUCGGUUCUCUUCUCUGUUCUCUACUAUGGGGUCAUUAGAACCAUAUUUGUACUUGUGUUCUGUCUCUUUGUUAAUGGAAGGAAGGGACUUUUGCUGUUUCCAAGCGAUCACGGAAUCACGGAAGAAGAGAAAUACGACUCGGGACGUCUGGAAACGGUUUGCGGUCGUCGGAACAUGCUUGUACCGUUUUUACAUGUUUUUUCUCGGAAUGCUUCAAACUUCUGUAUUCGUUUAGCGUAGAACCAUCUGGAACACUGGGGGUGAACCUUACAUCCCAUGACCACAUCAAAAUAUGUUUCUUUCUUUCUAAAAAUGUUGAUGUAUUGUAACUGUGGACGAGUAAAAAAAAAAAAAAGGCAUUAUAAAAGGCGAUUUCUUGUCUGUCUGUAGUUGCCAAAGAGAUGUGUUUUAUUGUCCCCGGGGCCCCAGAAACUGGUGCAUUGGUAUGAUGUCGAAUCCAUAGAGGAGGGGGGACAGGGGACUCUGGGGAGGGGAUGUCUUGGCCUUGUAACUGCUGAUGAAAUGCCCUCAGGACCAGAGUUUGAGACCCCAUGGGUGAAACGUGUUCCUCACAAACACCGGACACUCACUCACACUCUGUACCUUUGAUCAAAAGCGGAAUAAAGUUUGGUUUAUACAUCGUA